AUGGAAGGAGCGUCUUCAGCAGCCAUUGAAGUUCUUCUCCAAAACCUGAUCAAGCUUUUCAAAGAUGAGUACUCUCUACUUCGAGGUCUCGAUAAAGAUGCUGAACAGCUGCAGAGGACUUUGGAGACAAUUCAAGCCUACUUGAAUGACGCUGAGAAGAAAUCCAUCACCCAAGAAUCUGCCAAGAUCUGGUUGAGGGACCUUGAAGCCGUGGCUUUCGAUGCUGAGAAUGUCUUGGAUGAACUCAGCUAUCAUCUUCUCCACAAAAAAGUGAAGAAAAUGAUGACUCCCAAAGCCAAGGAUAAGGUACUAUCAUGCUUCUCAUCAUUUAAUGGCAUUUUGCGUCGUCGUAAUAUGGCUCACACAAUCAAACAAAUCAAUACUACUUUUGAGUCUAUGAAGAAAACGGCAAAAGUGCUUGGCCUUGAAAGCAUGGUUGUGAAAGCACCUGAUGCUAUUGCUCAUACAUCCAUUCAGACGGAUUCUUUCAGUCUUGAUCCAAUCUUUAUUGGAAGAGAUGAUGAUCUGCCUAAACUAGUUGACAUGCUCACCCAAAUCCACGAAGAUCAGAUCUUUUCCAUGGUUGCUCUUGUCGGAAUGGGGGGUAUGGGGAAGACUACGUUGACUAGGAAAGUCUUUAAUCAUGAAAGCUUAAAGGCUCGAUUCGAAUCACUUAUUUGGGUUCAUGUUUCUCAAACAUUUGAUCCAAUCAGUCUUUUCAACAAAAUCUAUUCAACGUUGAUUCCAAAUACUGGUGAUAGAGUUGAGAUAAAAGAAGUUAUCCUGAAAAUGCUUAAUGAAGUUCUCAAGUCUAAAACUUAUCUUCUUGUUCUUGAUGAUGUAUGGAAUGAAGAUGUUCCAAUGUGGGAAGACUUUAUAAAUUCCAUGUCUGGAGUUACUUCCACUAUCGGAAAUGGCAUUUUGAUCACCACCAGGAGUGAAAAAGUUGCUUUUACUGUUAACCCAUUUCAUAUUCAUCAUUUGAAUGGCUUAUCAGUUGAAGACUGUUGGUCCAUAAUAAAGGCCAAAACUUUUGAAAAAAAUGGUGAAGUUCCAUCCCGAUUUGAGAUGAUUGGAAGAAAGAUUGCUAAAAGAUGUAAUGGUUUGCCCUUAGCUGCCAAUGUAGUCGGGGGAGUGCUCCGCGGUAAAUCUGAAGAAAAGUGGCACAUCAUCAAUGAAAAAUGGCUUUUAGAUGCUGAAGGAGUUUUUCCCAAAGGUUGGGAAAUCGAGAAGGAGGAGUUGAUUGAACUAUGGAUGGCAGAAGGGUUUCUUCAACCAGGCCAAAGAGAAGACUUGGAAAUGGAGUAUGUGGGAAACAUGUAUUUUAAUGUGCUUCUUCAAAACUCCUUGUUGCAAGUUGCUGAGAAAGAUGAUUAUGGAAAUGUUUUAGAGUGUAUGAUGCAUGAUCUUGUGCAUGAUCUUGCAUCUUCUGUCUUAUCCAAUAAUGCAGAUGAGAGUACACCUGCUCGAUACAUGUUUCUCCAAGAAGAAUCGAGUCCUAUUCCAAAAAAGUUGGCCAAGCAUUUGCGUACAUUAUUCUUGCAUGGUGACACUUAUGGUAUGAAGUUCUCAGACUUCAAAUGCUUGCAUAAUCUUACUCUUUCCGGUGGUGAUUAUGAUGAGUUGCCUAAUUCAAUUAGGGAGUUGGUACAUUUGAGAAAUCUGAAUAUUUCAAAUAUAAUUAUUGAAAACUUGCCGCAGUGGAUUGGUGAACUCCAUCACUUGCAAACAUUAAGAGCAGGCUGGAAGUUAGAAAAACUGCCAAGCACAAUGAAGUACAUGUUUGGUUUAAGGCAUCUUUAUAUUGACUCUCAUACAAAGUUGCCAGCAGAGAUUGGGAGAUUAACUAAUCUCCAAACACUACCUAACUUCGUAGUGGGCAAAGAGAAAGGCUACCAAAUUGAAGAGCUAGGCAGUUUGAAUAAUCUGAAAGGAUCACUAGUAAUUCAUAAUCUUGAGAUGGUGCGUGAUAAGGAAGAGGCACUCAAAGCAAAUAUGUUUGAGAAGCUUAAUUUAUUUGAUUUGGCGUUUGAAUGGGAUGACGGUAGAGAAGAUGAAAGAAAUGAUGAGAGUGUUUUGGAAGGCCUCGAACCUAAUGCUAAUCUGAAGAAGUUGAUGAUUACAGGAUUCCAAGGCAAAAGAUUUCCAACAUGGACCGAGAAGAUGGCAGUACAUGAUUGGCCUCAAGGCUCUUGGGUACCACUUGACAACUUGAUUGAAAUAACACUCGUUUGGUGCCCAGAGAUUGAGGAAAUCCCAAGGCUGGAGCACUUGCCGAAUCUCAAGUCUCUUUUUUUGGACAGAUUGGAUAAGGUGAGGUCUAUAAAUACUUUUUCCAAUCAUUUAACGUCACUCAAUAUAAAAGAGUUAGAUAGAUUGGAAUGUCUGCCAGAAUGGUUAUUCCUUAACAAUCAGAAUCUCUCAUAUGUGACUAUAUCAAGUUGUCAUGUGUUGAGAGGGUUACCGGAUGGCUUGGACACCCUCAAUUCUCUGAAGGGUUUGUGUAUUAUGUAUUGUGAGAAUCUGAAAUCGAUUGGGAAUCCAAAUGGCGGAGCAAUGCGAUCACAAGGGAACCUCCGUGAGCUGAACAUUACAGAAUGCGGAGAGCUAAUGGAAUUGCCGCGUCAAAUGCUGGAGUCGUGGGCGCCUAAAGUUGAGGAUCUUAAAUUGGAAGGAUUAGGGAGGCUACAGAAUCUACCAAUGCUAAUGGACUGCCUCGCUAGAUCAUCUACUCGCCUCACAUAUUUGAAGAUUUUAGGUGUUCCUAAAUUGAUGGGUGCUAGUAUUGGUAGUGGUAGUGUUGAGAGUUGGGAUCUUGGCAGUUUGAGAACAUUAGAUAUAGAUGUGAGUGUGGAAUGGUCAAGCGAGGCUAGUGAUGGCAUUGCGGAGACUGUUGAAGAGAUGUUGCGAGGAUGCUGCAACUCACUCACUCAAUUAUAUUUUAAGGGGAUGGAAAAUUGGGAGUGGCUGCCCCAAUCAAUUCAAUAUCUCACCUCUGUUUCUCUAUUAAACUUGGUGAAUAUAGGAGUAGAAGAAUUGCCGCAAUGGUUGUGGAAUCUCCCAUUUCUAGUAUCGUUUGGUGCAUAUAGUUGCCACAAGUUGAAGCGUCUGUGUUCGGUGGAUGAUUCGAAGCACUUCACUAAAUUAGAAGAGUUAUAUGUUACUAUUAGAGAUUGCCCGGAACUACAUAUUGAUUCCAAGUGGCGCAACCACCAUAGCCAUCUCAAAAUCUAUGUCGAUGGCCAACCCGUGUGAAUGUUGUAGCAAAACACAAGGAAGGAGGAAAUGGGAAAUCUUAAGUAGAUUCACACCAACUCCAGAACAUGCCUUGAUCUUCACAUCGAGCACUCCAUGAUUUCACUGGUUUUGAUUAUUUAUAGUAUUUCCAUGUUUUGGAUGAUUGGCUGAUUUGUAUGUUGUUCCCACAUGAAUCUAGAUAAAUUUUUAUGGACGAACUUUGGCUAUGAGUAUUCCUAUUAAAUUGCUAUGUAUUGAUGCAUCUAUUGUAGUGAAUAAUUUGUCU